UGUCUCCAUAGGGCCUGUCCGAGCCGGCCGAGAUUUUUUAUGGGCACGCCAUCUCUAUAAUUUCGUGUUCAAUGGCGAGUUUCAUAGUGAAUGCGAGAAACGCAUCUAUGGAGUGGCAGUACCCGUGGUUUGAAGUUUCCUGUCUGGCUGUCUCUAUGCUCUGGCUAUCCUCCAUGUUCCUGCUCCAAUUUUCAUUCGAGUCAUAUGCACGAAGAGUUAGGCUUUCGAAAUCCGUCAACUGUCAAAUGAUAAGUAGUAGCAGCAGCAGCAGUAGUAGUUGUAGUAGCAGUAGUAGCUGAGGGCAGGUGGUAGGUGAGAGAAUCACAAUGGCAGCCGAAAUCAAGCCCGCGCCCGGGAUGAACCAGGACAAGUUCAGCUCCAAGAAGCCUAUACUUCUGUCGAAGCUCGAAGGUUGCAAUGACGACGUCAAUGCCGCCGUUAUCAUUCCCAGGGUUGACGGCGUCAUCAGCGUCUGCGACGACAGAACUGUCAGAGUUUGGUUGAAACGUGACUCAGGACAAUACUGGCCAAGCGUAUGCAUGUACAUGGUUGCAGCACCAAUCUCUCUUGAUUUUUGUCCUGAAACCAGACAGCUGUUUGUUGGAUUAGAUAAUGGAGUUUUUAUUGGAAAGCGAUUACAAUCGUAUGACAGCCAUUCGAGAAUACAUGGCUCAUCAAGCAAGAGUUGCUGCAGUAGUUUUUUCUUUGAGCUGUGAAUGGGUACUUAGUAUAGGUAGAGACAAAUUGUUCCAGUUCCACAGUACUGAAAAUGGAAAGGAUCACAUCAAAUAAUAUGUUCAAUAAUCCAAAAGGUAACGUCUACAAAAAGUUGCUGUACCACAUGCAUGGAACAUACACCUACAACAUGGUGUCUACUGGUGAAACAUGCAGCAUGCCAUUUUUCAACGAGCUCCUUUGUCGCAAUAGGAGUUGAAGACGAUUUAAGUUCCCUCAAGAAUGCCCUCAAUUUUCUCAAGGGAACAUUAAUUACAUUCAGACCAUCUAUUUGUUGUAGCAUUAUUUGAUAUGCGAUUAUCGUCCUCAAUCGUGCCCAGGACUCUACAUGUGCUUCCUCCAAUUGUAUUAAUUUCUUGCAUUAUCUUUUUUAAUACUAAUCUAUGGCUCAUCAUAUUGAUGUCAAUGUCAAUUAUACCUUCAUUCUCGUUGGAAAACCACAGAAUGAAAUUAUGACUUCUCAUAUUUUCCAAAUUGAGAUUGACAACACGAAAAGCUACUGAUUUUAAUUAUGAGACUAGAUGAACGAAAAGUUAUGAGAAUUUGGACAUUAAUGCAGGUUAUACUUGUUUCGCUUAAAACAUUAAAAGUUAUAAAAAAAAAGAAGAAGGCCUUGCGGAGAUGGUGGGUGAAGCCACAUAUCGUACCGAGAAUAAGGAAUAUUAUAGGAGCAUUUGCUACAGUAUGCCAAUAUUUACAAAUCAAUGAUCACGAAGAGUUUACAAAUCAAUUUAAGAUGACACCAGGCAAUUUUCAAGAGUUGUAUACGUUAAUUGCUGAUCAGUUGCAGAAGCAGUAUCAUAUUAGAGAGCCAAUUUCUGCAUAUAUUCGACUGGCUAUAACAAUACAUUAUUUCGUUCAAGGAGGAAAUGCUUUAACUUAUUGCGCGCACUACCGAAUUGGAAAAGCUACAUUUUUUAAAAUCAUACACGAAACGUGCUACGUUAUUACUUCAGUUCUGCUGCCAAUUUACGUGAAAUUUCCCAACGAACGGGAUUGGUUACGUAUUGCCCAGGAAUUUGAAGACAGAUGGAAUUUUCCGAAUUGUGUUGGAGCUCUAGACGGGAAGCACAUGCGAAUAAAAAGACCAGCUCAUGCUGGAAGUGUUUUUUAUAACUACAAAAAAUUUCAUAGUUUAGUUUUGAUAGCAAUCAGCGAUGCACAAAGUAGAUUUGUUUGGUUCACCCUUGGUGAUGGUGGUUCGUUCAGCGACUCCAGUGUCUUUCAAAAUACUAAUUUUUAUAACAAAAUUUUGAACAAUGAAUUGAACUUACCUGCUCCAACAAAGUUGCCUAACAGUGACAGCUCAUCACCUUUCGUAAUAGUCGCUGACGAGAUUUUUGGUUUGGGAUUUAACUUGAUGAAACCGUACAAUAGAAGAUUGCUGCAGUCAAAUCAAGAAAGAAUUUUUAAUUAUAGAUUGAGCCGAGCCAGAUUCACUAUAGAACGUGCAUUUGGAAUACUUUGUGCAAAAUUUCAGUUAUUGAAUAGUGCUUUAGCUCAUAAUUUAGAUAAGAAUAAAUUAAUUAUAAGCGCUUGUUUAGUGUUACAUAAUUUUUUAAUUACGAAAAAUGUAAUCAACGUUGAUGACGAUUUUAGACACUUAGAUAGGCAAAUUAAUCAGAAUGUUAUGCGAAACCCUAUUUUUAUUCGGCAAAACUUGGCAGAAUAUUUCAGCAAUGAGGGAGCUGUUCCCUGGCAAAAUAAUUAUAUUUAAAGAUAAAUAAUCUAUAUUAACAAAAUAGAAAUAAGAAGGCAGUUUUUAUAAAGAAAUAAAUUCCGAUUGAUUCUGAUCGAUUGACUCCUCCAUAUUGUGUAGAAACUUGAAAAAAACAAAAAAACAAAUGGUAUAUUAGUUUUAAGUAUUUAGUAACAAAUACAUUAGUCUUAAUUUUAGAUAUUUAUGAAAAUGAAUGCGUAGCAAAGCAGUUCCGAUAACCUCAAAUUGACAAUAGUUCUUCGAUUCAAUUUGCCAUAAAUAAAAAAUGAGUGGAAACACUGAAAAAGAUAUACUACUUGAUGAAGUUAUCAUACAAAUCGUGAAACCAAAUAAUUUUAUUUACGAUAAGUCGAAUGAUAAAUACUAUACUGAAUUUAGAUCGCAACGAACACAAGUUUUCGAAACUAUUUCCCAAGCGAUUUAUCAACUAUACGAAGUGCACAUUACAG